AGAAACACUACAGUAGUAUUUCCGGAACAGUUGUGGAUUAAGAAUUUUUGUAUGCCAAAAUUUUCAGAUUACCUUCUUUGCAAUCGCCGAUAAAUUUCCAUGUUUUAUAAUAUUUAUAAGGAUUUAGCUGGCAAAGGUUUAAAAUUUUCAGUCAUGGAAAAAUGUGGAACUUGAUAUUAACAAAAUGGUGAUGGAGUAAAAUGGCCAUGUUUCGGAAUGUGUUUGGAGGUUGUGUAUCUGAUAGGAGUACAGAGGCCAUGCGUCGUCAAAAAUUAAAGUUUGGAGUUCCACUGCACAUUGCUUUAAAGAAUGGAUAUAUACCUGUUUCACUAGUUGAACUUUUAGUCUACAUAGCACAUGAAGGAAUGUUUACUGCAGACUUAUUUAGACGUCCUGGAAAUCCUGGUGACACAAGAAGAAUUGUAAAGAGAUUGUCGGAGGGCAAACCUGUUAUUUUCCAAAACUAUAAUUUGUAUACAUUAGCAUCAGUUGUAAAGAAAUUUUUGCUGAGACUUCCAGGUGGUAUAUUUGGUCCUGAAGGUGAACAUACACUUCUACAUGUUUUAGCCAUUGGCCAUAAAAUGGAACAGUAUGAAGCUGUACACAAGUUUAUAUCAUCAUUAAAAGUAAGUCAUCAGCAUCUGAUUUCACUUUUGUAUGGAAUAUGGUUUACAAUGAUAAACAACUGUGACAUAAACUUUAUGACUGUAGAGGCAUUAUCACGCAGUGUGGCGGGUAGUAUGUUUCAUACCUGUGCAACUAAUCCAGCCAGGGUGGAAAAAGCCAGUAGAAUAAUGCAAUUGCUCAUUGAAAAUUUUGGUGUAGCUGGUAUGUUUGGACAAGAGAACAUAGAAUAUUUUGCAGAAAUUACCAGCACAGAAAUGCAUAUACGUGAAAAAUUUAAGUGUCAGUUUGUUUAUUCUCCUCCAGAGGACUCAUUUUCAACUAUAUUGGAAGAUGGAUUUAAUGAAAUGUCUCAAAUGCAUUCAUCAAGAGAGCAUGUACAUGAACAGGAUGAUGAUGUUAAAAUGUCUGAGAGUGGAUCACCAGAAAUGGUUCGAUAUAUUGGUAUGAAAUCUAUGGCACGACUACAUGCUGUCUCAACUAUUUCUGCACCUGAAGUGUCACUGGUUCCAUCCCCAGGACUCAUUAACAAGAGACCAAAAUCAUUUGAAGAUAACCUAAAUGAAACUGCUGAAAUACAGUCGUCAAGGCCUAGCAUAAGUAGAUUUAAUUCUGUGAAGCGUAAACAGCUUGAACGUUUAAGACACAGGUCUGACUGGUUUUUAGGACCAAACUCAUGCACAACUUUAGAACAAUCACAACAACAAGAACUUAUUUCAGUGGGAAAUGAACACCAAGUGCUCCAAGCAAAAUCAUCAGGGAAUAGUGUAACUAAGGCAUCUUCUGAAGGGACUGGACUAGAUUUACAUUCGGAUAAUGACAGUGUAUUUUCUGAAUCAAGUCGUAGUGAAUCGCCAGCAUCAGAACCUGCUAGAUCCCAAUCAGUAAGAAUUAUUCGUGAUAUAAUUCAUAGUGAUACUUUAGAAGAUGUACAAAUGUCAGAGACAGGGGAAAUUAGGAAUGAAGAUAUGGCAGUAGGAGACUCAGACAUUUGCUAUUUUGUGGUUGAACAUAAGUAUGGUGAUACAACAUAGUCCUAGUAAUGUCGUCUUUCUCAGGACUUCACCUGUCAUUAUUGAACAUUGCAAUUUUUUAACUAGAGUAUUUAAUACCUCCCUUUCAGCUAACAUGGCCAAUGAGAGCUGUUGUUUUUUAACUAUAAUAUUUAGUACCUCCCUUUUCAGCUAACAUGGCCAAUGAGAGCUGUUGUUUUUUAACUAUAGUAUUUAGAGCUUCCUUUUUUCAGCUAACAUGGCCAAUGAGAGCUAUUUUUUUUUUUAAAUUAUAGUAUUUAAUACCUCCCUUUUCAGCUAACAUGGCCAAUGAGAGCUAUUGUAUUUUUAACUAAAGUAUUUAAUACCUCCCUUUUCAGCUAACAUGGCAAAUGACAGCUGUUGUUUUCUAACUAUAGUAUUUAAUACCUCCCUUUAAGCUUACAUUGCCAAUGAGAGCUGUUGUUAUCUCAUGGCAUUUGUCAUCUAACAUAUUAUGCUCUUUAGAUUGUCUCCUCAGCAGCUACUUUAAUCAAACUUAGUCAGAAUUUUCGUGUGUUUUGUAGUUUUCUAUAAAUUUUAUCCAAGGUCUUUGCUUAACCAACCAACAUGGUUUCCACAGUUUAAAAUAGAACAUAAGGGUAAAUCGCAAAUAAUAGUCUUUAAUCUAUAUAGAUGAUAUAUUAUUAUGUUAGAUAGAUGGAUUGAUUGAUUUAUUGUUGGUGUUUAACACAACUUUUAAGCAACCCUUAUAGGCUAUUUUGUGGCAGCCAUUUUUUUAUUGGUGGAGGAAUCUUGAGUGUCCUGACCUUUGAUAGAAAAGUUGACAAUCCUAGUCAAUUGAAAAAUUGACAAUCCUAGUCAAUUAAGAUUAGAAUUGCAUGCUUCAGCACGAGCGGGGUUUGAACUCACAACCUCAAUGUUGACUGGCUAUUAAUAACAGUAGUAAAACUACUUCAACAACUUGUCCACUAAGGCCCCCGAAUGUCAAAUAGAUCAAACAGAAUAAUCUAUAUGAUUAUUUUCCUUAAUUGAUAGUUUUGAAUGAGCCAGAAAGAGGACACGGACAGAAGAUCUACAAAUUUGUCAGAUAAUUGAAACCAUCAUUGUAUUGAAAGAAGCUUUAGAUAAUCAAAAAAUAAUUUGACAAAUUAAAGUCAUUUCAAAAGACCACUUUCGAGUUCAUCCGUCACCUGAAAAAACUCGUCAAUUAUACGCGCCUUUAUCACCGUCAUUUGUGCGUUAGGGGCGUUGUCACUUCCAUUCCAUUGUUGAGGGAGUGGUUGGAAAACUAAAAUUCUACAUUGUACGAAUUAUCCGGCAAAUUUAAUUCUCAAAAUUGACAACCAGCACUGCUGUCAUUAGGGAAUCGUCAUUAAGUACCUACAGAGCAACCAUUAUUUCUAGUUUAUCCUGCACAAUGACGAUCACUAAGACGCUUGAUGAACGUAAAUAGUGCAGAGAUACAGGCGACCCCCUCUAUCUGGUAAAUGACGUCAUAAAGGUGCGUAUAAUUGACGAGUUUUUUCCGGUGACAGAUGAACUCGAAAGUGGUCUAUUAUCUUGGAAGCAAGAAUGAAUAGACACAAACUGUGAACAGAAAAAAUGAUAAGCAACAUAAGAGCACAAAAAGCUGAUAUUACUGAAACCAUCAAUUACUGGAGUUGAAAUAACGUGAUUUUUUUUAUUAUCUUUAUUAUAUUUAUGAGUUAUCUUGGUACAGUCAAAAGAAGAAAGCAUGUCCUUCCUUUUUGUUGUGUAUACAGAUGUGAGUGGGUUUGAUCCCCAGCAUGGUUGAACCGAAGACUCCUAUUAGCCAUUAUAGCUGCUUCUCCACUAAGCAAGCUAAGUAGGAGCAAAGACCUGUUAUCUUGGAGUCACCACAGUGAUCCUGCAGACCUUGUGAACUAGCAUUUUAAAUCUGGCUUAGUUGGUAAGUCAUAGCCAAAGCAUUGUUCAUAUUCAUAUCCCAUUACAUGUUCUUAUUCUGAUAUCCAUGUUAUCAAGGAUUUCUACUCACGUAUGUCGGGUACUUGUUUUUUCCUCUCUUUUCAUUCAUUUUUUAUCAUGUGGAAUGGGAGACAUAUCAAUUGAGCAAAAUGAUUAGGUCCCCCACAGAGUCUAUAAUAUAAGUUUUUCAUUGUUUCAACUGCUGACAUACAACACACAUUUAAGCAGGCACAAUGUGUUUUGCGAGGUACAUUAUAGAAAUUCAUCUUUUACAAUUACUAUACAUUUUUGUACCAUCGUUUUCCAGUGGCAGCCUAACCUAAAAAAUCCAGUUAUAUUCUGCUCAAUACAAUCUCUACAUUAAGGCUUGAAUUCUUAGAAUUUGUUGCAGUCCAAAUUUUCAACCUUUUCUCCUCUAUUACAAGACUUACCUUUUGUAUUCAUUGGUAAUUUUUAAGCUCACCUGACCCAAAAGGUCCCUUUUAGCUUUCCUCAUCACCUUGUGUCCGUCGUCGCUCAUUGGUCAACUUUUACAAAAAAACAUGUAACUAAUGGGUUUAUUAAAACCAAACUCUAGUUUAGAUCAUAUAUCUAAUGACCCAACCCAUUAACCAAGAUGGCAGCCAUGGCUUAAAAUAUAAUAUGGGGGUCAAAUGCAGUUUUUAUACAACCGCAAACAUUUUUUGGUGUGUAUAAUGCUAUGAUGUCUUCUAAAUCCGAAGACACAUUUUGGUUUACGAAUAAUAAAUUUAAUGAAAUUUUACAAGAAGGUUCAAUACCUUUAAAGGAAGGUUGAGAUUGAUUUUGGAGGUUAUGGAAUGAACAUUUAAGAAUCGGGGACCAAAAACUAGCAUUUUUGUAGAUUCUGGACAAUAAGUGUGCUGGCCCAAAUAGAAUUAAACUAAGCCACAUUUUUUAAAAGGAAAUUUUGAUGGAAAAAUAUAUCCGAUGACCAUGUCAUCCAAUCAACAUGGCUGUCAUGGCUAAAAAUAAAACUCUAUUGGAAAAUUGUAAAAAUAAUUUCAAAUGGUCAGAACUUGGAAACUAAUUUAAAUAAUGGUAAGGGGUCUUCAGUUACUAUUGUAAUACUACAAUGAUAUGACCUGCUUUAAAUUUACCUUCUGUCCCAAAUAAAACUUAACUUGGUUUUAACCUUAUUUCACAUAAUUUCCAAAAUCAGGAGAGUGACACAGGCUCUUUAGAGCCCCUAGUUCUUGUCAUGAACAUGCAUGAAGUUUUUGCUACUUGAUGUUAAAGCAAACAUUUUCAAUCAAUCAAACUUGUAUAUGCCAACCAAGAGAAAUAUAAUCUGAUUUAUUAAUUUCUUUUCUUUUCUUUGGAACCACUGUUUUGCAAUUUCUCAUGAAAAUUUCUACCACAAUAUUUUUGAAACCAUCUGUAAAAACUGUUAUGAAAGGAAUGUAGAAACUGUGCCCCACUGUCCCAAUUCUUCGAAAAAGUAUGUUCUUGCCCACUUUAUUGAACAUCUUAUUUGAAGUAAUCAUUUUUAUUAUUUUAUACUAAGUAGGUUUGUUUGCAUGUAAUAAAGUGUUAUUGUGUUGAUGUAGUUAUAUGUAAAAUGGUUGAAUAACAGAAUUUACACGUUUCCUUGCCAGUUUCUUUAUGUUAGUGUGUCCAAAAUUUGUGCUAAUAAUAUUUUUUAUGCCCCCGUCAUAGUGGAGGGUGCAUUAAAGUUUUGCCAUUGUCUGUCUGCACAUCGGUACAUCCCAAAAAUGGUUUCCGUUCUCAAACUUUAGUUUGCCUCAAUUAAAUGUUAUGGAACUUGUACACAAUGCUUGUUAUCAUAAAAUACAGAUAUAAUAUGAG